GACACGGCGGCUGGAAGGGAGAGGGAAGUAGACUGGUUUUCCAGCGGUUUCGGGCGACCAGCGCUUCCCCUUGCGGUGUAGGCGAAUGUCCACGCUCCGCUGCCCUUGGUACCUGGGAAAAAGGAACUUCGUCCAGCGAGCCUGCCCGCAAGCUAGCGGAAUCCCAUCCUCACUUCAGCCCUUGGAAGCCUGCCACUAAGGCAGCCGGCGCUCCAGCCGCAGUGCCCGGUGAUUUGGGCAACCAGCUGGAGGCAAAGCUGGACAAGCCGACAGUCGUGCACUACCUCUGCUCCAAGAGGACAGACAGCUACUUCACACUCUGGCUGAACCUGGAACUGCUGCUGCCUGUCAUCAUUGACUGCUGGAUUGACAAUAUCAGGCUGGUCUACAACCGAACGUCCCGCACCACCCAGUUUCCUGAUGGUGUGGAUGUGCGUGUCCCUGGCUUUGGGAAGACCUUCUCACUGGAGUUCCUGGACCCCAGCAAAAGCAGUGUGGGUUCCUAUUUCCACACCAUGGUGGAGAACCUUGUGGGCUGGGGCUACACACGAGGUGAGGACGUCCGGGGGGCCCCCUAUGACUGGCGCCGAGCUCCAAAUGAAAACGGGCCCUACUUCCUGGCCCUCCGCGAGAUGAUCGAGGAGAUGCACCAGCUGUAUGGGGGCCCCGUGGUGCUGGCUGCCCACAGUAUGGGCAACAUGUACACGCUCUACUUUCUGCAGCAGCAGCCACAGGCCUGGAAGGACAAGUAUAUCCAUGCCUUUGUGGCACUGGGUCCGCCCUGGGGGGGCGUGGCCAAGACCCUGCGCGUCCUGGCCUCAGGAGACAACAACCGGAUCCCGGUCAUUGGGCCCCUGAAGAUCCGGGAGCAGCAGCGGUCUGCCGUCUCCACCAGCUGGCUGCUGCCCUACAACUACACCUGGUCACCCAAAAAGGUCUUCGUGCACACACCCACAGCCAACUACACUCUGCAGGACUAUCGCCGCUUCUUCCAGGACAUCGGCUUCGAAGACGGCUGGCUCAUGCGGCAGGACACGGAGGGGCUGGUUGAGGCCAUGGUGCCACCUGGCGUGCGACUGCACUGCCUCUACGGCACUGGUGUCCCUACGCCAGACUCCUUCUACUAUGAAAGCUUCCCAGACCGCGACCCGAAAAUCUGCUUUGGUGAUGGUGACGGCACUGUGAACUUGCAGAGCGCCCUGCAGUGCCAGGCCUGGCGCGGCCGCCAGGAGCAAGAAGUGUCAUUGCAGGCACUGCCGGGCACUGAGCACAUCGCGAUGCUGGCCAACGCCACUACCCUGGCCUAUCUGAAACGCGUGCUCCUCGGGCCCUGAUUCCUAUGCUGGGCAGGGCUCUGGGAUGGCCUGGCCACCACUGCUUCUCCUGGCCUCUGGGGCAACCAUGGCCCAUGAGUUGAGCAGUUUGUGACUGAUCAUCUAAGGCCCUGGAUCUUGGGUUGUGAAGUGGGGAAAUGCUGGGUUUUUUAUCCUUCCUCUCUGGGAAUGAGGAAGGAAGACAUAGUCUGAACUUACUUGAGGGACCCUUCGAAAGAAUGCUGCUGAUGGUGGAAUUGUGACCUCAGGACUGGCUCCGCAGGUGGAUUGGCUGGCACCUGGCCCCAAUCCCCAGUGCUGGGGCCUUGUGUUCCUCCUACCCCUGUGGCCUUUUCACACUCGCCCACCAGGGCCUGGCUCCUCAGCUUUCUUGUGAGGGAUGUUACUGAACUGUGGUCCCUAGGUUGGGCUCCUGGUCCCUAGGGUGUACCUUCUCACACAUUGGCCACAAGUCGGCCUGCUACUGGCCAUGGGUGGCUGGAGCUGCUGUCUUCGCUGUGGCCUAGCUGCUCACACAGCCUGACUGUGGCUUUCUGGGGGCAGCCCGGUUCCCCCUGCAGGCAGGGGUGGGUUGUUAUGUUAUCCAUGGUUCCCAGGCCCUGGGGCAUUCACUCCUACCUCCCUUACUUCUAAGAACAGCCUAGCUCAGGGCUGGGCAGCAGAUGGCCCCCCAGUUCUCGGGGCUGUGUCCCAGGAGCCCUGAUCUCCUUGGUUGGGCUGUUGCCCACAGUAUUGAUGCUGCCUCCCUUUGCCCUGGGGCUGUGGUUCAAGAAUGAGAGCAGAGCCUGGUGCCAUGCCCUUUAGGUACUCAUGAAGAAAGAGAACUCAAGGAAGCAGCCAAGGCCAAUCAGAGCCACACUGAGCUGCCCUCUUGCUGACCCUCCACCACAUCGCCACCCUGCCCAGGAUCUCUCUAGCAUUCACGUGGGCUGGCACAGGACUGAGAGGAGGUAGGACUCUUGCCCACUCUGCCCAGCACCCAUCCCCACCAGGCAGCUCAGUGGUGUUUAGUCAGCAGGGACUCGCCCAGAAACUUGAGUGGGCCCCUGAGAGAGCCAGGGGCCUUAGGGGCCCCCUAGGGGUUUUCUUCCUGCUCCAGAGGUGCUGCAUGGAUCUCCCUGUGAUAGCAGGGAUGGAGGAUGUGGAUCUGCCUUGGUGGUCUCCAAGUGGGCAAUGCCUAAAGGCCAAGACUUGGGUCUAGCCUCUGGGGUGGAGCCCCAAAGCCACAGUCAGGCUGGACUGUGCUUCGCUCCUACAAGGUUUCUGUGAAGCGGAAUUUUCUCUGUUGCAUUCAUACCCAGCAUCUGUCUCUCCCUUUGUUCCUGAGUGGUGGGCCCCACAUGGGGCUCUGAGCAGGCUGUACCUCGAUUCUGGCAAUAAAAGUAUUC